UGUCAAAACAAAGCAGAUAAGCCGAGAUGAAAAUGGAGUCAUCAUCAAACUCGUUGUCGAAUUAAAAGCGAACAUAAUCUAGUCCCAAACGCUCAAACAAACUACAAUAAAUCCACCACCAAAAAGAAACAUGUGCCACUAGACGUCCCCGAACACAAUGACUCGUAAAUCACGCAGAAUGCACGCGCCAACGCAUUUGCAUCUUGAAAAGAAGCGCCGUUCGUCGAACAAUUGACUAAAUUUUCCAACAAAAAAAUGGGUUGUGCAAGCAGUAAAACAGAUAUAAAUGAUCAACACCCCAACAUCUUCCAAGUGAUGAACGUCGACGACGAAUUCCGGCCUAUUUCACCCGGCCAGAUUGAAAUCACCGACACUGAGUUGAUUUUCUACCAAAGAACAAAAAAACCAACAACAUGGUCACUCAGAAACCUACGAAAGUAUGGAUUUGAUAGUGAAAUCUUCAGUUUUGAGUGUGGAAGACGCUGUGCUACCGGCGAGGGCAUAUUUGCAUUCAAAUGCAAGAAAGCUGAGCAAUUAUUCAACCUUCUACAGCAUAAUAUCCAAGUGAGAAAUAUGAGUGAAGAAGGUCUGGAUGUGAAUAGUCUGCUAAACAUGCAACAAAGCAAUCAGAACCAAAGAGAAGUCCAAAGAAGAAGCGCUGUCAACUCACCUGAAGGAUAUUUGAAUCCUGUGAGUAAUGGAACUGUAAACAGGCCGCCAUUGAGUCGCCCAGGGAGUAUAACCAGCAAUGGCCCAACAACUCCGCCACCUAACGCUACAAAUCCACAAAUUCCACAUCCGGAAACCAACAAUAACAAAAGCAGCAGUGGGAAUUCUGUUACAGUAAGACAAAACUCAUCUGAACAUGCUUAUCUCAACUCUGAAGUCAUUAACCAAACAGAGGUAGGUCAUCAGUACAUUAAUCUACCAAAUGGUGACUCUCACACGAAUAGAAACGUUUAUAUGAACAUUGAUACCAUGAAUGUUUGUAACACUACCACACCUGUGAAGCCACUGCUUCAAUCUGUAACCAUUGAAGAGAUCUCGCAUGAAACCGAAGACAUUGAUGAAAAUAACGUGGUGGAGACGAUUAUCUUGCCGCAGUUUCCACUCUCACCGUUACCAGAGUGUCAGAGUUGUCUGGAGGAUGUGCAUUGUUAUGCGAAUAUCGACGCGAAUGCGCUUGCACUGGCGGAUUGCUAUGAUCCGUCCAGUGGGAAUAUCAACGGGGUGAUUGGAGGUAAUUUUGUGAUAGACGAGCCGCAGGAGGUGAAUUAUGUCGAGCUGGAUCUUGAGCCGAGCGGCUGUGGCCCGGUGAGCGUGAGUAAGACGCGGCCGUUGAGCGGAGAUAGUCCGGUCAAGGGUAAGCCGUAUGUGACGAUUGAUUUUAAGAAAACCGAUGCGUUGUCGAACAGCAUUAAUCCCCGGCUGGAGCUGGAGGAAGGGUGUAGGAAGACGAGGCAUAAUUCGACGAUAGGGGACAUCAGACAUAGCAGUUCGAUUAGUGACUGAAAGUUUAGGUUUUAGAUUUUGAUCGGUUUUUACUCGUAUUCGAUUUGAAUUGUUCAAUUAUGAGAUAAUGUGACAAUGCCAAAGUUUUUAGGAUUGAGUGACUCUUGUUUGGAAGUAUUUUUAGUCUUUUUAUAAUUUAUUUGGGAAAAAUAGUAAGUAAAAACUAAUUAACGUACAGUUUAGAUACGUAUACGUUUAUUUUAUGCUAAAAAUUUGAAUUUUAUUGGGAAAAAACAACAAAAAUUGCAUUAUUUUAUGAUUUACUUGCUAAAUUUAAUCUAGUUAUUCAACCUUUUAUUCUUUUUUACAAAGAAACUUAUUUUAUUACAUUUUUUGCUUCAAAAAGCAAAAAUAAACAAUUUUUAUGCUCAAUUUUUGUGCAGAUUAUGAGCAAUUUUAUGUAAAUUGUUAUUUUGUAAGCAAAACAUCUUUCAAACAAGAGUUAUCCACUUUUUUGUUUCAAUAAUUUACAAACAUUUGUUAUAUCUUCCAAAAUAAGUGCUCAAAACGUUUAAAUUUACAUUUGAUUGCAAACAUCGAAAGCAAACAAAAACAAUUUGUGAUUUUGUGAUUUAGAUUCAAGAUUUUUAAACAACAUUUUAUUCUAGUAUUUAUCAGAGAAGUUGAUUAGUACUCUAGUGUUUUUGGAAACAAUUAUCACCACCCCAAACUCAAAUUAGUGACGAAUUGCUAUUGCGAUUCGCAGAUAACUACAUAAAAGCCUGGGCAAAAUGCAUGUAAAUAUUGAAACAAUUUGUAACAUCACAUCACACAAUCAGGAUGAACAUUACGAACAUUAUAGCAUUACAACCCCAAUAUUAGCAUAAGUGAAAGUAAAGUGUGUAUGAGAAACCAAACAAAAACAUAUGCCAAAGUAUCGAAAGGAAUAAGAUUGAGAAAACAUAUUUUAUAUUAGUGUUACAUCAUGUGAGUCAUAUUGAUCUGUUGUUAUAUCUAUGAAUUCUCUAUGAUCAUUAUGAAUUAUUUUUCAAUGACAAAGUGUAUUGUAAUCUUAAAUAUUCUAUUGCGUAUACGUUUUUAUCAAUCAUUUUAAUCAUCUACGGUUCUAUGACAUAGUUUUAAGGCGUAAUUAAGUUUUUAUCAUGUUGUAUUUUGAGCAAAAGAAACGUUGUGCACAAACCAAAGAUAUUUGAUAAUUAUGGUAAAACGAGUUGAAGUUUUGUAUGAGUGGAUUGAAACAUUGAACAAACAACCUGUAGUUUUAAGAAGAUUGUGUAUUAUUUUUUAGUAAUGCGAUGAGAGGAGACAAACUACCAAAACGAAUUAUAUGAUACUAUUAUAAUAUGUAGAGAAUAUUUAAUUUUUUGAAUAAAAAAAAUAUCGGAAGAUGCAAUUGGCUGAAACAAAA